UGCACCUCUGUGGUGCCUUAUUCCAGCUGUGGUCCAAGUUCUUCAGGGUUCUCUGUGAAAAGUGAACCAGAGUUUAAGAGUGACAGAAUGACAGACGCCCAGAUGGCUGACUUUGGGGCAGCAGCCCAGUACCUCCGCAAGUCAGAGAAGGAGCGCCUAGAGGCCCAGACCCGGCCCUUUGACAUCCGCACAGAGUGCUUCGUGCCUGAUGACAAGGAGGAAUAUGUCAAGGCCAAGAUCGUGUCCCGGGAGGGGGGCAAGGUCACUGCUGAAACUGAAAACGGCAAGACGGUGACCGUAAAAGAGGACCAGGUGAUGCAGCAGAACCCACCCAAGUUCGACAAGAUCGAGGACAUGGCCAUGCUGACCUAUCGGGAGAACCAGUCCAUCCUCAUCACCGGAGAAUCCGGAGCGGGGAAGACUGUGAACACGAAGCGUGUCAUCCAGUACUUUGCCAGCAUUGCAGCCAUAGGGGACCGUAGCAAGAAGGACAAUCCUAAUGCAAACAAGGGCACCCUGGAGGACCAGAUUAUCCAAGCUAACCCCGCUCUGGAGGCCUUUGGCAACGCCAAGACUGUCCGGAAUGACAACUCCUCCCGCUUUGGGAAAUUCAUCAGGAUCCACUUUGGAGCCACUGGAAAGCUGGCUUCCGCAGACAUAGAGACCUACCUUCUGGAGAAAUCCCGGGUGAUCUUCCAGUUAAAGGCUGAGAGGAACUACCACAUCUUCUACCAGAUCCUGUCCAACAAGAAGCCAGAGCUGCUGGACAUGCUGCUGGUCACCAACAACCCAUACGACUACGCCUUCGUCUCUCAGGGAGAGGUGUCCGUGGCCUCCAUUGAUGACUCUGAGGAGCUUUUGGCCACUGAUAGUGCCUUUGAUGUACUGAGCUUCACGGCAGAGGAGAAGGCUGGUGUCUACAAGCUGACAGGCGCCAUCAUGCACUAUGGGAACAUGAAGUUCAAACAGAAGCAGCGGGAGGAGCAGGCGGAGCCGGAUGGCACAGAAGAUGCUGACAAAUCUGCCUACCUCAUGGGGCUGAACUCAGCUGACCUGCUCAAGGGCCUGUGUCACCCUCGGGUGAAGGUGGGUAACGAGUAUGUCACCAAGGGGCAGAGUGUACAGCAAGUGUACUAUUCCAUCGGGGCACUGGCCAAGUCAGUGUACGAGAAGAUGUUCAACUGGAUGGUGACACGCAUCAACGCAACCCUGGAGACCAAGCAGCCACGCCAGUACUUCAUAGGUGUCCUGGACAUCGCUGGCUUUGAGAUCUUCGAUUUCAACAGCUUUGAGCAGCUGUGCAUCAACUUCACUAAUGAGAAGCUGCAGCAGUUCUUCAACCACCACAUGUUCGUGCUGGAGCAGGAGGAGUACAAGAAGGAAGGUAUCGAGUGGGAGUUCAUCGACUUCGGCAUGGACCUGCAGGCCUGCAUUGACCUCAUUGAGAAGCCCAUGGGCAUCAUGUCCAUCCUGGAAGAGGAGUGCAUGUUCCCCAAGGCCUCAGACAUGACCUUCAAGGCCAAGCUGUAUGACAACCACCUGGGCAAGUCCAACAACUUCCAGAAGCCUCGCAAUGUCAAGGGGAAGCAGGAAGCCCACUUCUCCUUGGUCCAUUACGCUGGUACUGUGGACUACAACAUUAUGGGCUGGCUAGAAAAGAACAAGGACCCACUCAAUGAGACAGUGGUGGGUUUGUACCAAAAGUCCUCCCUCAAGCUCAUGGCUACACUCUUCUCCACCUAUGCUUCUGCUGAUACCGGUGACAGUGGUAAAGGCAAAGGAGGCAAGAAGAAAGGCUCAUCCUUCCAGACAGUGUCUGCUCUCCACCGGGAAAAUCUGAACAAGCUGAUGACAAACCUGAGGACCACCCACCCUCACUUUGUGCGCUGCAUCAUCCCCAAUGAGCGGAAGGCUCCAGGGGUGAUGGACAACCCCCUGGUCAUGCACCAGCUGCGAUGCAAUGGCGUGCUGGAGGGUAUCCGCAUCUGCAGGAAGGGCUUCCCCAACCGCAUUCUUUAUGGGGACUUCCGGCAGAGGUAAGGGGUGCCCCAGGCUCAGGGAGCCAGGGGUGGGCUGCUUUUGUGGGAGCUGAGCCGCAUCAUCACCAGAAUCCAGGCUCAGGCCCGAGGCCAGCUCAUGCGCAUUGAGUUCAAGAAGAUAGUGGAACGCAGGGAUGCCCUGCUAGUUAUCCAGUGGAACAUUCGAGCCUUCAUGGGGGUCAAGAAUUGGCCAUGGAUGAAGCUCUACUUCAAGAUCAAGCCGCUGCUGAAGAGUGCAGAGACAGAGAAGGAGAUGGCCAACAUGAAGGAGGAGUUUGGGCGGGUCAAAGAAACACUAGAGAAGUCUGAGGCUCGCCGCAAGGAGCUGGAGGAGAAGAUGGUGUCCCUUCUGCAGGAGAAGAAUGACCUGCAGCUCCAAGUGCAGGCGGAACAAGACAACCUCAAUGAUGCAGAGGAGCGCUGUGACCAGCUGAUCAAGAACAAGAUCCAGCUGGAGGCCAAGGUAAAGGAGAUGACGGAGAGGCUGGAGGACGAGGAGGAGAUGAACGCUGAGCUCACUGCCAAGAAGCGCAAGCUGGAAGAUGAGUGCUCAGAGCUAAAGAAGGAUAUUGAUGACCUGGAGCUGACCCUGGCCAAGGUGGAGAAGGAAAAGCAUGCAACAGAGAACAAGGUUAAAAACCUAACAGAGGAGAUGGCUGGGCUGGACGAGAUCAUUGCCAAACUGACCAAAGAGAAGAAAGCUCUGCAAGAGGCCCACCAGCAAGCUCUGGAUGACCUGCAGGCUGAAGAAGACAAAGUCAACACACUGACCAAGUCUAAAGUCAAGCUGGAGCAGCAGGUGGACGAUCUGGAGGGAUCCCUGGAGCAGGAGAAAAAGGUGCGCAUGGACCUGGAGCGAGCAAAGCGGAAGCUGGAGGGUGACCUGAAGCUGACACAGGAGAGCAUCAUGGAUCUGGAGAACGACAAGCUUCAGCUGGAAGAGAAGCUCAAGAAGAAAGAGUUCGACAUCAGUCAGCAGAACAGUAAAAUCGAAGAUGAGCAGGCACUGGCUCUUCAGCUGCAGAAGAAACUGAAGGAAAACCAGGCACGCAUCGAGGAACUAGAGGAGGAGCUGGAGGCCGAGCGCACAGCCAGAGCCAAGGUGGAGAAGCUGCGCUCUGACCUGUCCCGGGAGCUGGAGGAGAUUAGUGAGAGGCUGGAGGAGGCCGGUGGGGCCACAUCCGUGCAGAUAGAGAUGAACAAGAAGCGCGAGGCCGAGUUCCAGAAGAUGCGACGGGACCUGGAGGAGGCCACGCUGCAGCACGAGGCCACGGCCGCUGCCCUUCGCAAGAAGCAUGCGGACAGUGUGGCCGAGCUGGGCGAGCAGAUAGACAACCUACAGCGGGUGAAGCAGAAGCUGGAGAAAGAGAAGAGUGAGUUCAAGCUGGAGCUGGAUGAUGUCACCUCCAACAUGGAGCAGAUCAUCAAGGCCAAGGCCAACCUGGAGAAAGUGUCCCGGACACUGGAGGACCAGGCCAAUGAAUACCGAGUGAAGCUGGAAGAAGCCCAGCGCUCCCUCAACGACUUCACCACACAGCGAGCCAAGCUGCAGACAGAGAACGGCGAGUUGGCCAGGCAACUGGAAGAAAAGGAGGCAUUGAUAUCCCAGCUGACCCGAGGCAAGCUCUCCUACACCCAGCAGAUGGAGGACCUUAAGAGGCAGCUGGAGGAGGAAGGCAAGGCCAAGAACGCCCUGGCCCAUGCACUGCAGUCAGCCCGGCAUGAUUGUGACUUGCUGCGGGAACAGUAUGAAGAAGAAAUGGAGGCCAAGGCCGAGCUACAGCGAGUCCUGUCCAAGGCCAACUCAGAGGUGGCCCAGUGGAGGACCAAGUAUGAGACGGACGCUAUACAGAGGACGGAGGAGCUGGAAGAAGCCAAGAAGAAGCUGGCUCAGAGGCUGCAGGAUGCAGAGGAGGCAGUGGAGGCUGUCAACGCCAACGCCUAUGAGGAGUCUCUGGAGCACCUGGAGACCUUCAAGCGGGAGAACAAGAACCUCCAGGAGGAGAUCUCAGACCUGACUGAACAGCUGGGAGAAGGGGGUAAAAAUGUGCAUGAGCUGGAAAAGAUCCGCAAACAGCUGGAGGUGGAGAAGCUGGAGCUGCAGUCGGCCCUGGAGGAGGCUGAGGCCUCCCUGGAGCACGAGGAGGGCAAAAUCCUCCGCGCCCAGCUGGAGUUCAACCAGAUCAAGGCAGAGAUCGAAAGGAAGCUGGCAGAGAAGGACGAGGAGAUGGAGCAGGCCAAGCGCAACCACCUGCGGGUGGUGGACUCCCUGCAGACCUCCCUGGAUGCGGAGACGCGCAGCCGCAAUGAGGCCCUGCGGGUGAAGAAGAAGAUGGAGGGCGACCUCAAUGAGAUGGAGAUCCAGCUCAGCCAGGCCAAUCGAAUAGCCUCAGAGGCCCAGAAGCACCUGAAGAAUGCUCAAGCCCACUUGAAGGACACCCAGCUCCAGCUGGAUGAUGCCGUCCAUGCCAAUGAUGACCUGAAGGAGAACAUCGCCAUUGUGGAGCGGCGUAACACCCUGCUGCAGGCAGAGCUGGAGGAGCUGCGGGCUGUGGUGGAGCAGACAGAGCGGUCCCGGAAGCUGGCAGAGCAAGAGCUGAUUGAGACCAGCGAGCGGGUGCAGCUGCUGCACUCACAGAACACCAGCCUCAUCAACCAGAAGAAGAAAAUGGAGGCAGACCUAUCCCAGCUGCAGACAGAAACAGAGGAAGACAAGAAGAACUUAAUGCGGCUGCAGGACCUGGUGGACAAGCUGCAGCUGAAGGUGAAGGCCUACAAGCGCCAGGCUGAGGAGGCGGAGGAGCAGGCCAACACCAACCUGUCCAAGUUCCGCAAGGUGCAGCAUGAGCUGGAUGAGGCAGAGGAGAGGGCGGACAUCGCGGAGUCCCAGGUCAACAAGCUGCGGGCCAAGAGCCGUGACAUUGGUGCCAAGAAAAUGCACGAUGAGGAGUAAGGUUUCCAGCAGAACCUCGCUGUGGCUAAUCCACAAUAAA